AUGACUGUUAUUUUACAUCUUUUUGCUUAUGAAGCAUGUGGGAAUAUUCAAAAACAUCGAAAGCCAGGACCUGAUGAAAUAGAACGAGUAAUAAAUGCUACUCAUUCCAUUUUCUGGAAAUGUACUAUGUUACGAUGCCCAAUUGGACAUGGAGCAACUGUGCCUUGUGCUUCUAGUGUCUCAAUUAGCACACCAAUAAAAUGUAUCCCCUGUAUUGGUGGCGUAAAUUUCUCACACAGUCAUGAUCACACCACCUGCAAAAGUUGCCGAAACUGUGACAAACAUGAGAAAAAGUCUGGAGAGUGUACCCCUGAAUCAGAUACCACAAAGUGUCUAGGAACGUGUCACAAGGGCUUCUAUAUGGAUAAGAUAUCUGGUGGAUGUCAUCCAUGCAGUGACUGCUGCGGGCAAGAUAAAAAACAUCAUGAAGAACAGUGUGAAAAUUCUAAUCUUCCAUGGAGCAUGCAGUGUAGAGAAAACAAUUUUGAGUGCCCUGAACAAGACACCAAGGACACCACAGGCAAGAGUCAACACAAAGGGGGUCUUGAGUCCUCAACAAUUGUGGGUAUCGUACUUGGUCCAGUUUGCUUUGUGUUGGUUGUUGGUGUGAUCUUCUUCAUAUAUCGCUUCAGAUCAGGCUCUAAUUGUUUGAGUUCCCCUACUUUGGAUAUGUCUUUUCAUAGCUCAGAAAACCACUUCCAAAAUUCUGAAUUUGACCCUGAGCUGGGCACAGGGAAGAGGGAAAUUCAUUUUGCAGAGACUACAGGGAGUACUCCUAAGAUAGGAAAGAAGCCAUUUUACCAACGGAUGCAAUCUGUUCCAGUUGAAACCCUGCAAGAGCCAGUUAAGAAAAUUCCUAGGUCACAUUCACACCCAGGAGCUCUUCCUAAACUCAUCCAGAAACCUAAAGAAGAAUCAGAUCUUGGGCAAAGCCCUUCUCAACCAUUCAGGAGUCCAAGGACCCACAAAUAUUUUAAACAAGGAUAUAAUCGUUUGCCAACUAGUGCACAGUAUGGACAUGAUGUGGAAGGCACCCCAAAGAUUUCUCUGCAAUUUAUUGAUGUUGGAGAGCAACAAUCAAGACUUGAUAAACAAUCCACAUCCACAUCCACCUCAACAACAGGGCUCUUUGACCAAACUGCCACUUUCCCCAAAAUUUCUGACAUUCCCCAAGACUUCCUGAAGUCUUUGCUCAGAAAAAAAGUUGCCACAAUACGUUACCAGUUUUACCACAAGAUUUGUCAGAAACUGGAUGUUUUGCAGAAUAUAAGUUGGAGUGAUUAUCGCCUGCUUGGGGAAAAAGUUGGUGUGGACAAAGAUGCCAUCUUGUGGCUAAAACAGAUGGGUAAUCAAACAGAGGAAAUCUUACGGCACUUUGACUCAAAGAGAGAAAACUGUGUGGAAAGAUUUAAAACCAUUCUUGAAGAAAUGGGACGAGAUGAUGUUAUUACAGUAAUCGAGAACUGGAUUCUGUUUGAGUGGCAAGAAUAUAUAAGGUCUCAGACCGUUAGGCCUCAGAUGUAUGUGUAACUUCUAUUUGGCUCUCAAGAGUGAUUUAGUAGAAAUAUAGAUAUUUUCUUCAAUGAUUGCAAAAACAUUUAAGAAACAAGCUUUCUACUCAUGGUUCCUGAAAUUUGAAAAAAGAGGUCUGGAUGAAUUUGUAGUAAAUCAAAAUAUUUUAGGAACACUUAAACCUUUUUGACCAAUUAUAAUAGAGAUCAGGACACACCACCCAAUUGAAAAAACACAAAACAAUGUUUUAUCUGUGGCUUAACAGUCCAUUUAUCUUAUAUCUGAUUGACUGUUUCUUCAGUAAACAUCCAUUUCUAGAAACCCUUUUCAUGUGUGAAGUCUCCAUUGAGGACUCAGAAUUUUUUUGCCUUUUUUGCAACUUAUAAUUGCAGAUUGAAGCUCCUAGCAAUAAAUUGGAAAAUGUGCAUACAUUUGUAAGUUUUAUGUUACUUGUGGCCUUAUAGGUUUAGGUUUGUUGAAGCUACAGAAAAGUUUUGGGAAUCAUUUCCAUAAUUCUGUGAUAUAUUGUAUUCAGAUUUCUGAGCAGCCAUCAUUUUUAUCAUGUGAUGUUUAUAACGCAAACUGCCAGUAGUUGGUAUCAGUUGAAUUUUUCUUUUGUCUCUAAUUGUUUUUUCACCUGUACAGGUCAACUAAAAAUUGUAGGAUGCAAUAAAGGUGGCAAAGAGGUAUUCUUAGCUUGCAUGAAAACCUGCUUGAUAUGUUAAUUUUUACAAUCAGCCUUUUAAAACAAUGUGUUAGUUUAAAACCAAUGUUACUUCUCAAAUCACUAUUGGAAAGUUAAUUUGUUCUUCACUUUGUUUUUACUGAAAGGCCAAAGAAUUUUUCUUUUUGCCAUUACGUCUCUACAAAAGGAGCAGUAAAUUCUUGCAAUUAACUGUAUAGUUUUAUGUAAUAUGAGAUAUUCUUCUCUUUAUGCACAGAUGUCUCACUUAACCCUUUAACUCCCAUGAGUGACCAAGACAUAAUUUCUCCUUCAAAUAUCUAUACUGUAUCAACCAGAUAAGUGAUGAGAAUAAAGAAAAAGAUCAAUUGGGGAUAAUAAGUUGAUCCAAUACUAAAUUCUCUGAACUUACAUUAUUAGAAUUGUAUGGUUGACAGUAAGGAGAAUUACAAAUUUGAUCUGGGAGUUAAAGGGUUAGAGUGUGAGUGAUUAAUCAAAAUUGGGUCAGCUUUUUUAUGUGCACUUAUCAUCAGAAAAGUAGUAAAAUGAUAAAAAGAUUUAAAAUUUCGAACUGUACAAAGUAGCUAGGCUUUCCAAGAAAUAUAGUAUUAAAACAUAUUGUAUUUAAAAUGAGGUGUGACUAUUUGCAGGUAAUAAUUUUUUCUUAUUUUUAUUUAAGAAGCACUUUUUGACUAAACAUUUUAUGUAGUAUGGAUAUUUAAGAGCUUUAACAAUUUUAAUUAUUUUUGUAGCUAAUAUAACUUUACAAGGAAAAUAACUUAUUGAGAAAAAAAUGAUGAUGCCAGAUAGAACAAUUUUCGUUUUUUGCGACGCAGGUAUACGUUUAAAAGAACCACCUUGGAGUUUUCAUAGUCAGAAAGUGCAAGGAGAUCUAGGAUUGUGCGUGGCGUUUUCUUUCUGUCUCCAUCUUUCAAACAUCUUCCCAUCAAAUUAAGCAAGAUUAUUUUUUUAAAAAAAGAUGUAAUAUCUGGCAUCAGCUGAGUUAUAUCCCUUGUGUUUGCCAAGUAAAUAAUUUCAUAUGUUCAGAUUCAAAAUCUUGGAACAUUAUUUGUACCUAUUUUUUCUUUUGAAAUUGUUCAAAACAUUUGCAAUUCAAAUUUAUGGUGUAACUGUAACAGUAAUUUACGUGCAGCUCAUUUGUACAGAAACGUAUGAUAAAGAUUAUAGGAACCA